AUGGGGUUUCCUCGAGGACCUCGGCCCCGCAGGCGCUGCCGCCGCCCACUGCAGGAGUGCCCAGAGGCCAACCUUGGGUCUGCCUUCCACUUCGUGGUGGCGGUGCCCCCGCUGACUCUGCCGCCCCCGCCCCCACACUCACAGGUGCGCCACAACUACCAUCCCGAGUGUGAGACUGCAGUGGACGUCCACGUCCAGCUGCAGCUCUCUGCGUCCCACCUGACCCGGGCCAUGGCCUUGCACUUUGACCGCAACUACGUGGCACUCAAGGGCUUCGCCCGCUACUUCCUGAAGCGCUCGCUGAUCGAGAGGGAGCGUGCAGAGAAGAUGGCCAGAAUGCAGAACCAGCGUGGAGGCCGCAUCAAGCUCUGCCAAGUGCUCGCGCCUCAGCCCAGCCACUGGGACAGCGGCCUGCACGCCAUGGAGAGCGCCUUCCAGCUGGCCAAGAGAAUCAACCAGAGCUUCCUGGACCUGCACCAGCUGGCCACUGUCAGGGACGACCCCGAGCUCCGCCACUUCCUGGAGACCCACUACCUGCACCAGCAGGUGCAGCACCUCAAGGAGCUGGGAGACUACCUGACCAACCUGCGCAGGAUGGGCAGCCAGGAUAGCCGCAUGGCCGAGUAUCUCUUCGACAAAUUCUCCCUGUGCGAGGGCGAGGAGGACGCCUGA